AUGUCGGGCUUCGUUUCCUCACCCACCGCCCUGCACCCCGCCCUCAGUAAUCCGCUCCCGCCGCCUCUGCGCUCCUCCGAGGCAGUUAAAACCUCGCUCUCCGACCGACCCAAGAGCUCCAACGCCGCCCACAACAGUGAGCGCCCAUCUACGCCCGACUCCGCAGCCUUUCUCAGCCAGUCUCUGCCUCGCAAUGCCGCUUCGCUAGCAGAAUCUUCCUUUCCAACUGAGCUCGUCCAACGCGGCACUGCCGCAGACGCUGCAUCCGAGACUGCUUCUUCUUCGAUAUCUGGAGCCGCGACUGCGGCAACUAUACCCACCGCCGCCCAUCCCGAGCUACCGCCACCUCUGUCGCGUUCCUCCCCUGCUGCGCACCACGGCCACCCUCCCAAGGGCCACCGCCGUAACGCGCCUUCACACGAAGUUCCCCGCCAAACUAUUAUGAAAGCUCUUGCUUCGGUUGUCCGCAGAAACAAACCCGAAGCCCUUUCACUCACCGGCAUGUUAUCCGCACAGAGUGGUGUCGAGAACCGGCCCGCUACCUCGUCUUCUCAGAAGCUGGCCGACGCACUCAACGAGCUUGCCAACCGCAACAUGACACCCACUACCGCGCUGCCCUCGCUGCAGUCUCCUUGCUUUUACCACAACCGCUUUGACGAUGCCGUCAAUAUUGACAAGGUCCUCGAGGAAAUCAAGAACGACGACUGCAUGUCUCACUCAAGGCUGGUCCAGACCGCUACAGGCGUCAGAGAGGUCUCCAAGCAGCUCCAGCGCCGUCCCAUCAAGCGCGCCGUACGCAACGUCAUGAUUGUUACCAAGGCUCGCGACAACCAGCUCGUCUACCUCACUAAAGAGCUUGCGUCCUGGCUUCUGCGCACUCCGAGAUACGGUUCCGAUGUCGGCGUCAACGUUUACGUGGAUGCCAAGCUCCGCAACUCUCGUCGUUUCGACGCGAACGGCCUCCUGGCGGAAAACCCUGCCUUCCAAGACAUGCUCCGAUACUGGACGCCCGAUUUGUGCUGGAGUCAACCUGAGAAAUUCGACCUAGUCCUCACCCUGGGUGGCGAUGGUACGGUGCUUUUCACCUCCUGGCUCUUCCAGCGCAUCGUGCCUCCCGUCUUGUCGUUCAGCUUGGGCAGUCUCGGCUUUCUCACGAGCUUUGAGUUCGAGAAGUAUAAGCAGCAUCUGGAUCGCAUCAUGGGAGAGGAGGGUAUGCGGGUCAACUUGCGCAUGCGCUUCACCUGCACGGUGUAUCGCGAUGGUGCCAGAGGCGAGGAGGCUGAAGAGGGUGAGCAGUUCGAGGUUCUCAAUGAGCUAGUCAUCGAUCGCGGACCGUCCCCAUACGUCUCCAACUUGGAGCUUUAUGGUGACGAUGAGCUCCUUACAGUGGUGCAGGCCGAUGGAUGCAUCUUUUCAACACCAACCGGGUCUACUGCCUACUCGUUGUCCGCCGGAGGAUCGCUUGUGCAUCCCGACAUUCCCGCCAUCCUCCUGACGCCAAUCUGCCCACACACCCUCUCUUUUCGCCCAAUGGUCCUCUCCGACACCAUGCUGCUGCGCGUUUCUGUGCCGCGCAACUCUCGUGCUACGGCCUAUUGCGCUUUCGACGGGAAGGGAAGGGUUGAACUCAAGCAAGGCGAUUACGUCACAAUUACGGCGUCUCAGUAUCCGUUUCCUACUGUCGUACGCACUCAGACCGAAUGGUUUGACAGCGUUUCUCGCACUCUACGCUGGAAUACUCGCGCUGCCACGCAGAAGGGGUUUGAUUCUUCAGCCAACAGCUUGUGCCCCUCGGAGGACGGCAAGGACGAAGAGCCUGAGUGGGACAUCGAUACUGAUUCGGCUUGCUACGCCAGUGAAGACGGCAGCAUCAGUGCGAGUCCCCUGAGAAGACAGAUGAGUCUCUUGGGCAUGUGA